AUGAGCAGCCGAAGAGUUGAAUCGAACAAACAGGGCAAAGGCUCGUCGCAAGGAGCAGGACUCUGGGAGGAAGCCGAGGAGAUCUGGGUCUCCAGGGACCAUCGUCCAGACCUGGUGGACACUGGAAGGAGGUGCCAGGUGCCAGGACUUUCGGUCUGCAAGCGACCACGGCCAUUGCAACAUCGCACCACGGCCACCCUCCACGGUGCCACCCUCCACGGUGCGACGGAGGCGGUGGUCCUCGAGGACUUGGUGCGACUGAGGUUGGUCGAUUCCGCCACGGGAGGGGAGGUUUCCACAGGUUCCCCCACAGGUUCCUGCAUGACUGUGAGUGAUGGUCUCAGGUUCAAGACCACCUUUGAGAAGUUCACCAUUGAACUCUCACAGGGCAUCCAGUCGCUCUCGGGCGGCAUCGAUUUGCCGAGCCCGGAGCCCACGGAAGUGGAUCUGCGAAAUCAGACCUUGAACGACGUGGCCAAGGAGACGUGGAGACAGGACCAUCCAGAGCUGGUCACCAAGUAUGAACAGCUCCUGGAGGUUUGGUGUCGCCAAAUCGAGCAAUACCUGGAGACCACCUUGGAAGGUCAGCAGAAGGACUCUGCAGGGGACCAAGGGCCCCGAACGGAGCUGGACUUCUGGCGAAACAGGCUACAGAAGAUCACCUCGAUCACGGAGCAACUCAGGACGAAAGAGCGGAAGAUGGUCUUCGGCUUGCUGCGUACUAUCACAAACGUGAGUCAGGAGGUAGCUCCGAAGAACCGCCAGUCAGCGCUUUGGCUUCCGGUCCCGGGUGCAGAGGUUUUCAACACGCUCCGGAGAUGGAAACAGAUUGAGAUUGCCAUCACCGAAGCGUUCAACGAGGCCAAAGACAAUGUGAAGUAUUUGACAACCUUAGAGAAGUUCAUCGAGCCAUUGUACACAGGCACUCCAAGCACCAUCAUCGACACCCUGCCAGCAUUGAUGAAUGCGGUGAAGAUGAUCCACACAAUCGCACGCUACUACAACACAACCGAACGCAUGACCAACCUUUUCGCCAAGAUCACCAACCAGAUGAUCACCAAUUGCAAGGAAUGUGUUUUGGAAGGUGAAGAGUCAGAGUUCUUGUGGCAGAAAGAUCCCUUGGUGCUCAUCAAGAAUCUCUGGUCCUGCAUCCGUCUGAAUGAUGAAUACCAGGAGUACUAUCGCCAGACGAAGGAGACUCUUUUGACCCUUCCCAAGGGCAAACAGUUCGACUUCAGCGAGACGCUGAUUUUCGGUCGUUUCGACCUCUUCUGCCGACGAGUCACGAAGCUCAUCGACAUGUUCCAGACGGUGCAUCAGUUCACGUCUCUGUCCCAGCACCGGUUCGAUGGGAUGGAGCCACUGGUCUUAUCCUUUAAGAAGACCCUGGAGGAGUUCCAGUUCAAGCGACACGACCUCUUGGACUUCCACAACAACCGCUUCGACCGGGACUACGUGGAGUUCAACGUCCGUAUCUCCGAUCUGGAGAGCAACCUGAGAAUGUUCAUCAAUCAGUCUUUUGAGGCCAUUGCCUCGAUCGAAUCUUCCUUGAAGCUGCUUGCGAAGUUCCAGAGCAUCUUGCAGCGCGACAGCUUGCGACAAGACCUGGAGACGAAGUUUGCGGUGAUCUUUCACAACUACGGCUUGGAACUCACGCAUGUGCAAGACCAGUACGAGAAAUACAAGACAGGUCCGCCACUCGUGAGGAACUUGCCUCCAGUAGCAGGGCACAUUACGUGGUCCAGGCACCUCUACAGGCGAAUCGAGGGGCCCAUGCAGAAGUUCCAGACCAAUCCAGCUGUCUUGGCUGGAAGGGACUCACGUAAGUUGAUCCGGAUGUACAACAAGAUGGCCAAGACCUUGGUCGAGUUUGAAACACUCUGGUACCAGGCCUGGGUAAGCAGCAUCGAGACGGUGAAGUCGGGUCUUCAAGCCACCUUGAUCAUCAAGCACCCGGAUGAUGGGAUGCGUUUCCAUGUGAACUUCGAUUGGGAGAUUCUGCAGCUCAUUCGUGAGACGCGCUGUCUCGACCGCAUGGGAGGCGUUGAGAUUCCAGAAUCCGCCAAGAUGAUCUUGCUACAGGAGCAAAAGUUCAAGACCUACAACCAUGAGCUCUCCUUCUUCUUGAAGGAAUACCGCCGCGUCACGCAGUCCGUCAAGCCGAUCGCCACGAAUUUGAUGCGGCCUCAUAUGGAGAACCUGGAGUUCAAAAUGAGGCCUGGAUUGGUGAUUCUUACUUGGACCUCUAUGAACAUCGAGGCUUACCUGGAUGAGGUCUGGAAAGAGCUCGACAGGCUGGAGCAAUUGGUUUUGGCGGUGAACGACCUCAUGGAGAGCCGCAUUGAUGCGAAUCUGAAGAUCGUGUCGAACGUGCUCCUGGUGAACCUUCCAGAGGAGCAAGAGCUCGUGACCUUGGAAGAGUUCGUGGAGAUGCAGGAGCGACACGUGCGCGCCACCACCGACUUUUUGGUGGCCAAGAAUGUGGAGAUUGAGAACGCUGUGAACGACAUGCUGGGUAUGAUCGUCGGCUUUGAGCUGGAACCCCAUGUGCCAGCGGUGACUGAAAGUGAAAUCAUCAAGGUGAAGGCCCAUUAUAAUUGGUCGAUGUACCAAGCCCUCUUGAACGCCACCAAGAGCUCUCUGAAGGCAAUGAAGCUCAGGCUGUCUUCCAACUACAGGGAAGGCAAGCCGCCGCCUCCAGCCUUCUUUGAGGUCGACCUUCAAUUGGAUGGCAUCGGGGUGCGCUUGGACCCUUCGGUGGAAGAGAUUCAGGCUGCCAUCAACGGUGGAGCUGUGGCAGUUCUGAAAUGUUCGAAGAUGAUUGAAGCUUGGGAUACUGUGACCAUCCCCAAGAACGUGCAGCUCAUCUUGGACGCGAACCUUCCACCCGUGCAGGGCACCGGCUCGCAAGGUACAUUCUACGACCGCAUUGCGCAGGAUCGAGAAAUCCUCAAGGUGGUGCUGCUCCUGACUGGUAGCAUCCAGUCGGCCAAGAACAUGUGCAACAGCUACCUCACCACCUUCAGCGAGUAUGAAUGGACCUGGAAGGAGGACAUCGACAAGAAGUACCAGGAAUUCAAAAACACCGAGCCCAGCCUGGACGAUUUCGAGUCCAAGUUGAAGGAGUUUGUUGCUAUGGAGAGCAAGGUUGAGCAGCUCACCGGUCAACACCAGAUCUCGGCUCUGAUGCUGAAGACCGGGAGCUUGGCACAAGACCUCAAAGGCCUGGCUGACAAGUGGAAGUCCUGCUUUGCGAAGGAGCUACAUAAAGAGGCCUUUGCCAAGCUGGAGGCUGUCAGCGAGAUGGUGAAGUCGACCAGGAAGAAGCUCUUGCGAGAGGUGGGUUCGGGCGACAUCGACGCCUUGGCCUAUGUGAUGCAGACCUUGCAGGAAGUCUAUGCCAAGCAGAGCGAGAUCGAGCUGGACUUCAUUCCAAUUGAGCACAUGUAUCGGAUCCUGGAUGAGCAUUUGCCCAAUAUCAUGGACAAGGAAGAGCAAGAUACCCGUUCCAUGCUCAAGAAGAAUUGGAAGGACUUGUUGGAAGAGAGCGAAGCUCGCCAACAUGAGCUCUCCAACAAGCAGAUCCAAUACAAGAAGGAUCUCAUCAAAACCGUGAACUCCUUCAAGAAGGACGUCGCGCGCUUCCGGGCCGAGUACGAGCGCAGCGGGCCCAUGGUGAAGGGCAUUCCACCGCGGGAGGCCGUCGAGCGCCUGAAGCGAUUCAAAGAGGAGUUCGAGGUCCGAGAUCGAAAGCAGGAAAUCUACUACAUUGGUGAAGACCUCUUCGGCGUCCCUCACCAACGCUAUCCUGCACUGGACACCACAAGGCAAGAGCUUGGCUAUCUAUCGCAGCUUUACGAUCUCUAUGUGGCUGUGCUGGAGACCAUCAAGGAGUGGCGAGACUACCUCUGGUGUGAUGUGGGUGAAAACAUGGAGACCAUGCAGAAGACGAUCGAUAGCUUCGCGGCACGCUGCAAGAAGAUGCCCCGGCAGUUGCGCGAGUGGCCGGCCUACAACGAGCUGAAGAAGGAGAUCGAGGAUUUCCAAGGCGUUCUGCCUUUGUUGCUCGAGUUGGGCAAGCCAAGUAUCAUGCCCCGGCACUGGCAGCAGGUCAUGGACAUCACAGGGAAGGACUUGCCCAUCGACUCGGAGAACUUCAAACUCCAGUCGCUGAUCGACGCGCAACUCAAUGAGUUCACGGAUGAGAUCUCGGACAUCUGUGAGGGCGCGGACAAGCAGCUGGUGAUUGAGAGCAAGCUGAAGGAGAUCUCUGCGCAAUGGGAAGGGAUGAUGUUCGACUUCGGCACUUGGAAGAGCCGCGAUUUUCCCUGCGUGUUGUCAGGCGCCAAGGUGGGCGAGACACAAGAGGCCCUGGAGGAGACCAUGAUGAACCUGAACACCAUGAAUGCACAGCGCCACUCCAUCCCUUUCAAAGAAGAGCUCAACGGCCUGCUGUCCACUCUGUCCGACACAGGGGACACCAUCGAGCGAUGGUUUAAGGUGCAGCAGAUGUGGACUUCCCUGGAGUCCGUCUUCACCGGCGGUGAUAUCGCCAAGCAGAUGCCCAUGGAGGCGAAGAAGUUUCAGCAGAUCGACAAGGAUUGGCAGAAGAUCAUGCAGAAGUCUGCAGACACCAAGUAUGUCGUGCCUUGCUGUCAGAAUGACAUGCUGAAGCAGAUGCUGCCAGUUCUUUCGGAGGGUUUAGAAAAGUGCCAAAAGUCGCUGGAAAGUUACCUGGAGGGCAAGCGAAACAAGUUCCCGCGAUUUUACUUCACCUCAGAUCCCGUGCUGCUGAAGAUCUUAUCACAGGGAAGUGAUCCGGAGAGCAUCCAAGAGGACUUCGAAAAGCUCUUUGAUGCCAUCAACAGGGUCCAGUUUGACAAGGUGGACCGAAAAAAGAUCGUGAAGAUCAUGGAGACGCAUGGCCCGGUCCAAGAGGAAGUCUCCUUGCAGGUGCCAGUGCAAGCGCAAGGCAACAUCGAGGAUUGGCUUCUGGCUUUGGAGUCGGAGAUGCAACGCUCAGUGCGGCGAGAAUGCAACAUUUGCUCCCGAGAGUGUGGGCAGGUGCUGAAUGGUACAUCGAUGUCCGACUUCGGUAAGAAGUGUAUUGCGCAAGUGUCUUUGCUGGGUAUUCAGCUCAUCUGGACCACCGACUUCCAAGAUGCCUUGACGCGCAUGGCCCGGGACAAGGACAAGGCGGUCAUGGGGCAAGCCAACAAGAAGUUCUCGCAAAUGCUGACGGAUCUCGUAGCUAUUUGUCUCACGAACCUGCCCUCCAAGAUGGAACGGACCAAGUUCGAGACUUUGGUCACAGUCCAUGUCCAUCAAAAGGAUUUGUUCCUGGAGGUGUGGAAGAAGGCUCGUGAGGGAAAAGUGAAGGAUGAGAACGACUUUGAGUGGCUGAAGCAGACAAGGCUGUAUUGGAAGGCAGAGACCGACCACGCAGUGGUCUCCAUCGCCGAUGUGGACUUCGUGUACUCCUACGAGUAUUUGGGCUGCAAGGAACGCCUGGUGAUCACCGCCCUGACCGAUCGAUGCUAUGUGACCCAAUCACAGGCGCUGGGGAUGUUCUUUGGCGGUGCGCCGGCUGGGCCGGCGGGCACCGGGAAGACCGAGACCACCAAGGACAUGGGCCGCACAUUGGGAGUCUUCGUGGUCGUCACCAACUGCUCGGAUCAGCACCGCUUCCGAGACAUGGCGAAGAUCUUCAAGGGCCUUUGUAUGAGUGGACUGUGGGGAUGCUUCGAUGAGUUCAACCGCAUCGAGCUCGAAGUCUUGAGCGUGGUAGCCAUGCAGGUGGAGUCGAUCUGUUCGGCCAAGCGGCAAGCGGUGGCCACCUUCAUGUUCCCAGGCGAGCCACAGCCCAUCAAGCUGGUCCCAUCAGUCGGCUACUUCAUCACCAUGAACCCAGGCUAUGCCGGGCGACAGGAGUUGCCUGAGAACGUGAAGGCUCUCUUCCGAAGUGUCGCGAUGAUGGUGCCCAACAGAGAGACCAUCAUGAAGGUGAAGUUGGCCUCUGUAGGAUACUCCCAGUUCGAGCUGCUGGGCAAGAAGUUCUGCAUCCUGUAUGCCCUUUGCGAGCAGCAGCUGAGCAAGCAGAGGCACUACGACUUUGGAUUGCGGAAUAUCCUCAGUGUUCUUCGAACCAGUGGUGGAGUAAAGCGACAAGAGCCUCCAGACACUGAUGAGGAGAUGCUCUUCAUGCGCACGGUGCGAGACAUGAAUCUCUCCAAAUUGGUGGCGGAUGAUGUGCCGCUCUUCUUGGCGCUGCUGAAGGAUCUCUUCCCCAAGGUGACUGAUCCACCAAAGAAGGUCUACAAGAACGUGGAAGAUGGCUCCAGGGCAUUGAUCGCCAAGAACCUUCUGGUUGACUGGGACACCUGGAUGCUCAAGGUGAUUCAGCUGUAUGAGACAUCGCUCGUGCGCCACGGUUUCAUGUUGGUGGGGCCAACACUCUGUGGAAAGACAGAGAUCCGAGACAUUUUGACCACCUGCCUGCACAAUGAUGGCUUGGCGCACAAGCAAGUGGUCAUGAACCCCAAGGCCAUCACAGACUCUCAGAUGUACGGGUAUAAGGAUCCCAUCAGUGAAGAAUGGACACCGGGCGUGUUUGCCUCCAUCUGGCAGAGGUACAACAACCGAUCCCUGAAGUACACCACCUGGAUCGUGUGCGAUGGCCCAGUAGACGCCAUUUGGAUUGAGAAUCUGAACACCGUGCUGGACGACAACAAGAUUCUGACCUUGGCCAACAAUGACCGCAUUCCCAUGACUGACAACUGCAAGAUUGUCUUCGAGGUGGAAAACCUUCGAAACGCAUCACCUGCCACCGUGUCACGCGCGGGCAUCAUCUAUGUGAGCGCUUCGGACUUGGGCUGGCAACCAAUCAAAGACACCUGGAUGCUGCGACGUCCGGAAAUCAAUGCCUCACGACAGGCCGAAGUGGACAUUUUGAAGCCUCUCUUCGACAAGUGGCUGAAGAGCAAGCCCCCGAAUUCGGGCGCAGCUGAAGACUUCUUCGAUUGGUGCAUGCGAAACAUCAAGCUAGUGAUGCCUUGCAACGAUUCCAUCCUCAUUUGCCAGACACUGAACCUGCUUUCAGCUUCCUUGAAGCCCUAUGUGGAUGAGAACUCUAUUCCGGGAGAGGACACUUACCGGCGCAUUUUGUGCUGGUGCAUCAUGUGGGGCUUCGGCGGCCUGCUGGAGCCUGAAAUGAGGAAGGUGAUUUGGGCCAAGUUCGUGGAAAUCUUGGAAGAGCACAAACACAAGGACGCGAUCCCGCCCUGCGAAGAAGGUCAGACCAUCUUCGAAUGGGUGCCUGACUGGACCGACAAGACUCGCCCUUGGAAGAAAUGGGAACCCGACGAGUGGAAAGCUCCCAAGGUGCUGAAUUUCUCAGCUCUCUUGAUCCCCACCAUGGACUCUGUGCGCGCCGAGUACAUCAUGGAUAUCGUGGCCAAGCACGAUGUCACGCGGACGCCACCGGCCUUUAAGUCCUGCAUGUUGGUGGGAGCACCGGGUACAGCCAAGACCUCAACGGCCUUGAUGUAUGUUGGCAGAUUCUCUCAGGAUACAAUGCUCUCCAAGCGUUUGAAUCUGAGCAGUGCGACCCAGCCGUUGGGCUUCCAGAAGAGCAUCGAGGGCGAGAUUGAACGAAAGACUGGCAAGACCUUCUGCCCACCUGGUGGCAAGAAGAUGACCGUCUUCGUUGAUGAUGCCGCCAUGCCUUUGGUGAACAAGUGGGGCGAUCAGAUCACCAAUGAAUUGGCGCGACAGCUGAUUGAGAUGAGCGGCUUCUACUUCUUGGACAAAGACAAGCGUGGAGACUUUAAGAGCAUCGAAGGCUUGCAGUACAUUGGUGCAAUGGGACAUCCAGGCGGUGGAAAGAACGACAUCCCCAACCGCUACAAGUCCAAGUUCAUGUGCUUCAACAUGGUGCUGCCCUCCACGGUCUCUGUGGAUAACAUCUUCGGCAGCAUCAUGAAGUCCAAGUUCAGCAACAAGGCCGGUGCCAAGCCUGAAGUCAUUGACAUGAGCAAGAAGCUGACGGCGGCCACGGUGGAUGUCUGGGAUCGUGUGAAGGCCAAGUUGCUGCCCACGCCCUUGCGUUUCCACUACGUCUUCAACAUGCGAGACCUGAGUCGUGUCUUCCAGGGCAUCAUGGAGUGCCCAGUGAACGUGGUGACCACCACUGCAAUCUUAGUCGGCUUGUGGAAACACGAGUGCCAGCGAGUCUUCGCAGACAAGCUCUGCCGAGAUGUGGACAAGAACUUGGUGGAGAAGACUCUGUCAGAGUUCAUGCCCCUCCACUUUGGAGAGCAGUUGGCCUCUGAGAACAAGAACACGGAAUGGUUCGCCGAUUUCCUGAGAGAGAUCGAGUUUGACGAGGAAACCGGUGAAGAGAAAGGUGCUCCCAAAGUCUACGAGCCAGCUGAGUGGGAGCUGGUCAAGAGCAAGGCCUACUUCUACCUGGGCAAGUACAAUGAAGCCUACCCGGCGAAGGCCAUGCAGCUGGUGCUCUUCGAUGAGGCCAUGCAACACCUGAUGAAGAUCAACCGUACCAUCCAGCAAAAGCGCGGCAGUGCCAUGUUGGUGGGUGUGGGUGGAAGUGGAAAGCAGUCUCUUGCAAGACUGGCGGCCUUCACCUCGGCGCACUAUGCCUUCCAGAUCACCAUCACCAAGACCUACAACGACAAUGCGCUCUUCGAAGAUCUGAAAGCGCUCUGCAUCCGCGCGGGCGUCAAGGGUGAGAGUGUGACCUUCAUCUUCACCGAUGCCGAGAUCAAGAGCGAGGGGUUCCUUGAGUACAUGAACUCGCUUCUGGCCACAGGCGAAGUGGUUGGCCUCUUUGCAAAGGAUGAGAAGGAUGCCAUGUGUGGUGACGUGCGAAACGACUUUGUCAAGGACAAUCCCAACAUGGAGGAGAACCUCUUGAACAUGUACAACUACCUGAUGGAUCGACUCCGCGACAACUUGCACGUGUGCCUCUGCUUCUCUCCGGUGAACGCCAAGUUCCCCAUCCGCGCGCAGAAGUUCCCUGCGGUCUUCACCGUGAACAUCAAUUGGUUCAUGCCAUGGCCAGAGGCAGCCUUGGUGGCGGUGAGCAGCGCCUUCCUGGGCACCUACAAGUUGGAUUGCAGCGAGCAGGACAAGGGUCGACUCUAUGCCCUCACGGGCAGUUUCCAGGCCAUUACACGAGACUUGUGCGACUUGUACUUCCAGCGCAUGCGCAAGAAUGUCUACGUGACCCCGAAGAGCUUCUUGUGCCUCAUCGACUUCUACAAGGUUCUCUACGCUGUGAAGUAUGAAGAGAUCAACGUCCAGGAAAGGAGCGUGAACGUCGGCCUGCAGAAGCUCAAGGAGGCCUCCGAGUUCGUGGAGAAGUUGAAGGUGGAGCUGAAAGAGCAAGAUGUGGUGCUUCGUGCAGAGGAAAAGAAGACCACGGCACUGUUGGAAAAGGUGAUGGCGGAGAAAGCAAAGGCGGACAAGAAAGCUGAGCAGGUGAAUGGGCAGAAGGCCGAAUGCGAGGCGGAGGCCGACAAGAUUGAAGGCGAAAAGAGAGCGGCCCAAGUGGAGCUUGACAAAGCCUUGCCCUUCCUGCAUGAGGCUGAGUCUGCUUGUAACUCUAUCACCAAGAAGGACAUUACAGAGAUUAAGACCAACAACAAGCCGGUGGACAUCAUCAAGCUCACCUUCGAUGGACUUCAGAUCUUGCAAUCGAAGCCGGUGAUUUCCGUCAAGGCGGAGGAUAGGUUCAUCAACAAGGUCACUGCCACCUUCAUCUUGGACUCUUAUGAGGAGUAUGCCAAGAAAGAACUCCAGGAUAUGAAUUUCUUGAGCAACAUCCUGGACUUUGCCGCCAAUGAUAAGGACAACAUCAACGAUGAGACCUGCGAGCUUCUGGAGCCAUACCUGCGCUUUGACGAGGACGCCUCUAAGAACUGGAGCCCCUUCUCGCACAAGGUGCUGGAUCCCGAGCUGGCCGGCAAAGCCAGUGGGGCAGCAGCAGGUUUGUGCAAGUUCGUGGGGGCCAUGGUGAUGUACCACGGUGCGGCGAAGAUUGUGAAGCCCAAGAUGGAUGCCUUGAAGGUCGCCGAGGCCAAGCUCUCCAAGGCACGCGCCGAGUUGGAGGCCGCCGAGGCGGAGCUGAACAAGGUCCUGGCAGAGGUGGCCGAGCUGGAUGCGGAAUUAGCCAAGGCCCAGGCGGUGAUGAACACCUUGAAGGAGAGUGCGGCGGCGAUGCAGCGGCAGAUGGACGCCGCCAACAAGCUGUUGUCCGGGCUGAGCGGGGAGAAUGCACGAUGGACGGAAGAUUCCAAGAACUUCGCCUUGCGGCGGAAGAGGCUCAUUGGAGAUGUGGGAUGCGUCUGUGCCUUCGUCAUUUACUGCGGCCCCUUCAACUCCGAAUUCCGGGACAAGCUCUAUGCCAUGUUCCAGGCGGACACUCAGAAGCGAAGCGUGCCAGCGCAUGAGAAGACCCCUGUGGUGUCCUUCCUGGUGGAUCAAGGCACCAUCGGUGAAUGGGCCUUGGAGGGAUUGCCCAGUGAUGAGCUCUCCAUCCAGAACGCCAUCAUGGUGACCCGCUCCUCGCGCUAUCCGUUGAUGGUGGAUCCCCAGGGACAGGCCAACCGUUGGAUCAAGUCACGUGAGAAGGCCAGGAUCAGUGAGAACCCAGCGAUGUGCAUCACAACGCUCUCAGCCAAGAACCUCAAGGACCAGAUCGAGUUCACCAUGGGCGAGGGUCUUUGCUUGAUCAUUGAGAACGUGGAGAACGAAGUGGACCCCAUGCUUGACCCAGUCUUGGACAAGCAGAUCAUCAAGAAGGGAAAGAACAGAUACAUCAACGUCAGCGAUCAGAACAUGGACUACAAGGAGUCCUUCAGUCUCUACUUCACCUCGCGACUGCCCAACCCCCACUUCAGUCCAGAGCUCUCGGCCAAAGCCACCGUCAUUGACUUCACGGUGACCUUGAAGGGACUGGAGCAGCAGCUUUUGGGAAAGCUCAUCGGAAUGGAAAUGAAGAGUUUGGAGGACACCCUGGCAGCACUGGAAGAAGAUGUCACCAACAAUACCAAGUCCUUGCAGCUCUUGGACAAACAGUUGUUGGAACGUUUGUCCAACUCCCAGGGCAAUCUGCUGGAAGACACCGAACUGAUUGAGGUGCUGGCCAACACCAAAGCAAAGGCCAAGGAGGUUGAGGGCAAAUUGAAAGAAGCCGAUGAAAGGAAGAUUGAGAUCAACGAGAAGCGAGAGCAGUUCAGACCGGUUGCCACACGAGGAAGCAUCAUGUAUUUCAACAUGACAGACAUGACCAAUGUGGUGAACCCCAUCACUAAUCAGGUUUCAGGAUGGAUGUACAAUUGCUCUCUGCUUCAGUUCCUGGAGCAGUUCGAGAUCUCCGUGCGCAAUUCUGAGAAGGCCCAGCCGACCUCGAAGCGUGUGGACAAGAUCAUCCAUUUCUUGACCUACCAGGUGUACAGGUACAUGAAUCGUGGUCUGUAUGAGCGAGAUAAGAUGCUCUUCAAGCUCUUGGUCACUCUGAAGAUCAUGACCGUGGCCAGUCAGAUCACCUCCGGAGAUGUCUCCAUCUUGUUGAAGGCGGGUUCGAGCCUGGACAUCAAAGCCGAGCGAGCGAACGCCUUCUCGAAGUGGCUCCCAGACAAGGUUUGGCUGAACAUUCUGGCGCUCUCGCGCCAAGCCUUCGGAGUGGAUCAGAUCGUGUUCUUCCGGGAGAUCAUCGACUUCAUGCAACGCAACGAACCUGCCUGGCGCAAGUGGUACGAUGAGAAUGAACCUGAGAGCGUUCCCAUCCCUGACUACGACGAGCGCAUCAACAUGGAUAGGACCUUGGGUCCCUUCUUGCGGCUCACCAUCGUCCGUUCAAUGCGCGAAGACCGCACCACCAUUUCCUGCAGCCAAUUCGUGGAGGCCAUGCUGGACAGCCGGUUCACUGCACCAGUCACUGAUGCCAUUCAGGACAUCUACGAGGAAUCCCAAUGCCGGAAGCCAGUCUUGUACUUGCUCACUGCAGGUAGCGAUCCGACCUUUAGCAUUGAUGAGCUGGCCAAGAAGAAGAAGAAGUACCCCACGGACAAGGUGUCCAUGGGUGAGGGCCAAGAGAGGGUGGCUCGGGAGAAGAACAAUGCAGCCUUUGUCACUGGUGGUUGGGUCAUUCUGCAAAACUCCCACUUGGGAAUUGGCUACAUGUGCGAGCUGGAAGAUGUGCUUUUGAAGACCCCAGAGAUUGAUGAAGCUUUCAGGCAUGCGGUCCUGGUGAGAUUACUCUCCGCUUCCCCAUUGGCUUGUUGCAGAUUGCCAUCAAGGUGA